GUGGCUGAGGCAGUCACUCAAGAGAGUGAGCGAGUUCUUUAAAGAUGGCCGGAACGGCGGCGGCGAACGCGACCCCUGUGUAUUGCGUGUGCCGGGAACCCUACGAUGUGAGCCGCUUCAUGAUCGAGUGCGACAUAUGCAAGGACUGGUUCCACGGCAGUUGUGUCAGAGUAGAAGAGCACCAUGCUGUUGAUAUUGACCUUUACCACUGUCCCAAUUGUGCAGUUCUACAUGGACCCUCCUUAAUGAAGAAGAGGAGGAACUGGCACAGACAUGACUAUACAGAAUAUGAUGAUGGUUCAAAACCAGUUCAAGCUGGAACCCGAACAUUUGUUAAACAGUUACGUGCCCGUUCAUUCCCAAGUGCUGAUGAAAUCAUUUUGAAAAUGCAUGGAAGCCAAUUGACGCAAAGAUACCUGGAAAAGCAUGGGUUUGACGUUCCCAUUAUGGUACCUAAAUUAGAUGGCUUAGGUCUCAGGCUCCCACUUUCUACGUUUUCUGUUCUAGAUGUGGAACAUUAUGUAGGUGGUGAUAAAGUGAUUGAUGUUAUUGAUGUGGCAAGACAAGCAGAUAGCAAAAUGAAGCUCCAUAAUUACAUUAAGUAUUUUACAAACCCCGAGAGGCCAAAAGUAUUAAAUGUGAUAAGCCUUGAAUUCUCGGACACUAAGAUGUCUGAAUUAGUGGAAGUUCCUGAAAUUGCCAGAAAACUUUCAUGGGUUGAAAAUUACUGGCCAGAUGACUCGGUCUUCCCUAAGCCUUUUGUUCAGAAGUACUGCUUAAUGGGAGUUCAAGAUAGUUACACAGAUUUUCAUAUUGAUUUUGGGGGCACUUCUGUUUGGUAUCAUGUUCUUUGGGGUGAAAAGAUUUUCUACUUGAUCAAACCUACUAAUGAUAAUCUGGCAAUUUAUGAAUCCUGGAGUUCAUCUGUUACCCAGAGUGAAGUGUAUUUUGGAGAUAAAGUUGAUAAAUGUUAUAAAUGUGUUGUGAAGCAAGGACAUACCUUGUUUGUUCCAACAGGAUGGAUUCAUGCUGUACUCACUUCUCAGGACUGUAUGGCUUUUGGAGGAAACUUCUUGCACAACCUCAAUAUUGGCAUGCAGCUCAGGUGUUAUGAAAUGGAGAAAAGACUAAAAACUCCAGAUCUUUUUAAAUUUCCUUUCUUUGAAGCCAUCUGUUGGUUUGUGGCCAAAAACUUAAUGGAAACUUUGAAAGAGCUUAAAGAAGAUGGUUUUCAGCCCCAAACAUUCUUAAUACAAGGAGUGAAAGCUUUACUUACUGCUUUAAAGCUAUGGAUGAAAAAAGAUCUUGUAACAGAACAUGCCUUUGAAAUUCCAGACAAUAUUAGGCCUGGACAGCUAAUUAAGCAACUUUCUAAAGUAAUUCGAUCUGUAGAGGAAGAUAACAACAAACCAACAAAAACUCAGGGAACUGGUGUGUGUCAAGUUUCACACUCAUCAAGUGAAUUGGCCUCCAUUCAUCAUUCCAGAAGAAGAGCAAGGAAGCUACGAGAUCAGUCUGUCAAAACACCUUCUAAUCUGGACAUUCUGGAGCUCCACACAAGGGAAGUUCUGAAGAGAUUAGAAAUGUGCCCAUGGGAAGAGGACACAGCAAAUUAUAAAUUGAAUGAAAGAUUUAACAAGCCACUUCAACCAUCUUCCACUGUUCCAGAAUGGAGAACAAAAGACAAUGAUUUACGGCUUUUGCUGUCAAAUGGAAGAAUAAUUAGAGAUGAACGCAAACCCUUCAGAGAUCCAAGUCUAUACACAGCAGACAGUGAAGAUGAGGAUGAGAAGAAAAGAACUAUUAAGACAGAAGAGCCGAAGUCCCAGGAGGCAGAUGGCCAUGCGGAUUCACAGAAACCACUGAACAUGUUUUUUGAAAGUGUGAAAUCAGAACUCAGGAAUGGCAGCUCAGAGUAUUCUGAUAUUUCUGAUUCAGAAGAAUCUGAACCUGAUUGCACUAACCAGCGAAAGGACUCCUCCCUAGAGGAAUCAGAAAGCUCAGGAGAUGAUGAAAAACACGAAGUAACUUCAAAUUUUAAAGAGGAAAAUCAAGUAACACAGGACCUGUUUCAAAUCACAGAGAAGCCAUCUAGAAAUGAAAAUGCAAAUAAAAUGGAAUGUCCUACCUCGACAAGUAUGGAGGAAGAAGCUAUUCAGGGCAUGCUGUCAAUGGCAGGAUUGCACUAUACCACUUGUUUACCAAGUCAUGCUCAGACCACAGAUAGCACUGACCGAAGAAGCUUUGUUCCAGAUCACAGAAGCUAUUCCAAAAAUAGGCAUAAAGAUAAAAUGUCUUCUCAGAGUUAUAAACCAGAAUAUGGCAAGCACAUACAAAAUGAAAAAGAAAUGGGAGCUUCAGUAUUUCUUACAUCAUUACAUUCAGUUUCUAAAAUCAGCCCUCAGGAGACAGGUAAAACUCAGAAACAUGUUAAGAAAGAAGUUGCAUCUGAAACCUGUUAUAGAAUUCAAGAAAACCGGAAUCCUGUGCAAAAUAACGGAAUAAACUUUCAGCAUAGCCAAUGUAUGCGGGACUGCAACUUAAUUGAUGGGGAGUGUAGAUUAAGUGACAGCGAUCUCAGCUCCGACCGACCAUAUGGUGAAGCUUCCACUGUACCUCUUCAUCCAACCAAGCGGCCAGCAUCAAAUCCACCCCCCAUCAGCAACCAGGCAACAAAAGGCAAGCGUCCAAAGAAAGGAAUGGCAACUGCCAAACAACGGCUUGGGAAAAUUCUAAAACUGAACCGAAAUGGUCAUGUACGAUACUUAGUUUGAUGUAGUAGCUGCUUCUGCUGUUCUUCACACAUAGACCAGUAUUGAGGGUAACAGUGCCUGGAGCUUCUGUUUUAUUCCUCUGCUUAAAGCAGAAUGCAUGUAUCUUAUUUGAACUUUGCCUGAUGAACAAAAACCCAAUGCUGCAUUUUCACUGUGCCACAUCUGCUGAGCAAUAACUUUUGGGAAAUGAAAAUAUUUGAAAAGACUAUGAAUUGGAAAAUGGUCUGUUUUUCAGGGCUCAUUUUGAUGCUUUGGUAGUGUCUGAGCUAAUUCAUGAACAGAAGAGUGUGAUGAAAGUGGUAAUCAAUAAUUUAUUUGUCAGAUAUUGUCCAGGAUUGAAUUCAUUUUAAGCUAUUUAUUUGAAACCUUUUGGGGGAAUUAUUUUAAUUUUAAAAUGUCAAAAUGUGAAGGUUUUAUUUGCCUUUAAUGUCUGUCUGCAAAUGGAGAGAGCUGCAUUGUUUGUUCUGAAUUCAAGCAUUUGAUAUAGAGAUAAUAGAUUUAAAAGAUGGACGUGAUAUAUUAUAUGAUUUAUUAAGUUAAGGACAUGAAAGCAUAUCUUAGAUUCAGUUCUUUCUAUACAACACCAUGGGUGACUUUUUUACUGACUCCUAAAGUACAAAGUCUCUGAUAGUUUAGUUCAUUGAAAUGUCUUCCUUCAUUACUUCCAUUUCCUCCUCUUGUUUCACCAUUUAGUCUGGAUUAUAAAUUAGCAUAAUGUGAGCAACAUUUGCUUUAUCCCUUCCCUUUAUUUUAUUUCUAUGAUGUGGAGAAUAAUCCAUAGCCAUCACCCAUGUAGGAAUACAGGUAUUGAUUUUAAUUAUAGACAUUUAAAUACAUUUUGUGAAGAAAGACUGUUAUAGUGGCAGAGUAUUGUUUGAUUGUCUACACAUGCCAGCUGAUUAAGGUCUUAAGUCAUUUUUGUAAAUAUGUAAAUAUGUUUGAUAGCUCUUGAAGUUUAGUAUGACAUACUUUAUGUCAUGCUUGGCAAAGAUCUGAUAGUAAAUGCCGAUUCUAAAAUGCAUGUAUAUAACCUAGAUGAAAAAUCAUAUUUUUGUAAGAUAAAGUUGAAUAUUUAAGCUCUUUUGGGGAAAAAUGGGAAAUCAUCUGACUUUACUAAGAGGGCUAUUCAGUACUAGAGCAGGAAUAUUAGGUAUACUGCUUUAGUAGUUUGGUUUUCUUAUUGAUCAAGAGUUAAAGCAUGGCCAAAGCUACUCAGCUGCUUGACUUUCUUAAAUAAACUUCCCAGCCUUCUGGGCCUAUCUAAAAUAACAUAUCUAGAUGUCCCAAAAUAGGACCUUUCUGUGCUGUACAGUUUUAUAUUCAGUAUUUUCUGCAUUUGCGUGCCAACGUAUCUGAAUUAAACUAAUUAUAUUUUUGUUGCAUAUCAAACUAGUCACUGCAGGUACUAGGCCUUAGCUAAAUUUCAAGGUUGUAGUUCUCAGUGACAUUUCCACUGUCCCAUUUAAAUGAAUAGAGUGAUAGCCAAAAAAAUUAAGCUAAUAUUCCUAGAAUGAAAUCUGAAGAAAUAUUUUUUUUUCAGGAAAACUGGCUGAUUCUCUAUCCCACAUGCAGCAUGUCCCUUUCAAAUCAUAUUGGAGGGCUGAGGGUAAUUUCUAAAACAGAUGGGUAAAUUAGAGAGGGAAGUUCAGUUGCACGAGUGCAUUGCAUUUGUGUAAUAAUGGAUUUCACUUUCCAUUAGGAAGUAAGCUGUCACAAUAAAUAAAAAAGAUUUAAGAAUACAUUGAAUGAAACUGAAGAAUAAAGAAACAAAAACCAAACAGAUACCAACCUAUGAUAUAUCUGAGGUUUUGAAAAUAAGUCUUUUUUUUUUACCUUCCUUCCUUCUUCAGUUUUCUUAGCAUACAAAUUUCAAAUGUAGGAAAAAACAAAACUGGAAGAACCUCUUGACUGCUGGCAUUGCCAAGAGAAUUGAUUACAGGGUGAAAACUCAACAUUGGUUUUUGGAAAAAGAAGAAAUUUACUUAUCAGUUUUAACUCAUUUUUUAUCAUAAUAAAAAAAUGAGAGUUUCAAGAGUCAUAUCUUCUAACUGGGCUACGGUACAUUAAAAUAUGUGCUUGCACUGUGUAUUUUCCACGUGUUUUAAACUAUAUUCUGUCUUUUAGGCAGAAAAACUGUUAGAAAGAACCUGGUUUUGAUUUAGUUGUAAUUUUCAUAAGCCAUAUUUUUUUAAGCAGUUUAUUUCUUCUUGUGAUUUUCUAGCAUCAUCUGUUAAGCAAAAAACAUUGAGGCUACAAUUAACUGAAUGAUACAUUAAAAUUAUAUAUUCUUUAUUGAUCAGAAUAACUGAUAAGUGUCACAACUGGUCUGAUUUCUCUGAGAACCAUAAUCAUUAAAAUGCAUACCAGCAGAAAAGAGGUAGUGAGGGAGAGAAGGAGUAAGUUUCGGAUAGAUUAUAUUUUCUAUUCCAUUUUUCUCAUUUUCUUCCCAGAUGCCUAUCCCCAUCAAUUGUUCUCUGUUGUUAUGAGUAUAGAGAUAUAUCUUCUUAGAUUACUAAAAUAAAAAUUCUGAUUAUAAAAUUCUGGAUUUUCAUGUUUCAAACACAAUUUGAAGCAAAUCUUCUGUUAUCACCUCAGUAAGGCUAUUUCUUGGGCUUUAAAUGUUUUGAGGAAGGCAAAGUUAAAUAUCUCUAUCAAAAUUAAUUUUGAAGAAGCAAAUAAAAUUUUUUUUUUAGUAAUACAAGGAAAUUACAGUGGGCAAUCUUGUUUGUAUGCUAGUUGCUUCAUUUAUACAAAUCACCAUUGCACCAGAUUUUACAUUUGUAGCAGAUGUCUGAAUUUAAUUAUGUAGCCCCCUACUUGUUUUAUUUUCUUGAGGGCAAAAAGGACAUUUAAACCAAACUUGGCACAAGUUUGUUCUAUCCUCAGUAGAAUCUGUAUUCAGAGAAAGAUUCUUUUAUAUAAGUAGGCAAGUAUUUCAGCUGUAGGUUAGAAUUACUUUAGACCUCUUCCUCCCUAAACCAAUUGGGUAAAAUAAAGUGUUUUGGGUUAUGUUGAAGACAGAAGGAUUUUAGAGCAGCAAUUUUAGCAGCAGCAUUCUAAGCCACAUUUCUCAUUGUUCCACAGUCUUUGCUUACUGAAUUCAGGCUGCAGUGUAGCCUCAAAUGAUCUCUGUGGUAGAUUUACCUAUGCAAUCAUUGUCAUUGAUGUAUGCAUUUCAAAUACUUUUGAUAGGAUUGAAUAACACAGUCAAAGUUAAAAUAAUUACAUUAAUGUUCUUCAGUGUAACAACAUAUGUCAUAAUCAAAUUAAAGAUACAUUAUUUCACUGAAGUUUUUUUAUAUACUUCAGAUUACUUUGAUUCACCAGAAUUUCCAUGAUUAAACUUAGGGAUAUUAGGAUGGAAAGCAACUCCAGUCUUUCUUCCAGGUUUUGCCAACUUUAUAGCUGGUGACUGGAAGGAAAUUGAGAGGCAUUACUUUCUACACAAUUCCUUGCAUAGUGCCUCUUUGAUCACAAUUUCUGUGCCGCAAUAAACAAACAGAAACACCUCUCCCCUUUCACUUUUUUAUACUAACAUGCAUUCAUGCUUCCAGACCAUAAAAAUCUGUUCAUUGACUUAAGCAGGUAAACCCAGGGCAAUUUUAUUUUGUGAAAGAAAUGUAAAUUGAAUUAAAGGCCUUACACUUUGUAGUUUAAACUGGAUUAAGAGCUGCAGCUCCAUUUUUCCCCAAAAGAGCAAUGUUCUGUAUACAAUAAAAUGACUGUAUUGUGCAGAACAGGAUGGUAAUGAGAUUAGCACUGAUUACAAAAUGCGGCUGCUGAUAAAGCUGCAUUUUUGCCUGGAAGAAAACUUUGAAUAUAAAAUUUAAGCCAUAAUAGUUUCUUGCUGUAAGAAGGGAAUGAAAUAAUUCACUUUAAGAGAAUAUAUUAAUAGGAAUUAUCACUUCUGCUGGGAAAAGUUUAACUGUGCCAGUGCUUUGGCAUUUUUAAGAUAUUCAUUACAUUUGCAAAAAGGGGAUAGGUCUUGGCUAUAUUUGCUAGUUUUGUAGUAGUGCUUUGCUGAUGUGUCUGUUUCCCAAUACCUUUUUCUACUGUCAAUCUAAAUUCUCAAUUUUUUCAGUGUGGUGAAAUAGCUGUCUUUCUGAAUAGAGAUUUGUGUGUUCUUUGCUCCUUUUUAUACAAACACACUCCUAUGUGGAGUUUUUGGUUGGAAAAUGGGAGGCUGCAGCUUUAAGAGCGCCUACCCCCAAUUUACUCAAAUUUCCCAUUCCAUUUUUGCCUGCAGGCAGGGAAAGUGUAUGUACAGUAUUUAUUUUGUUUGAAAUUUACUUUAAAAUUUUGUUUUAAUAGGUAGCUUACUGAUUUACUGUUUGGAAGGACAAGUGACUUGUUUAAAUUUGUAUUUGACCAUAGGUUUCACUUUCUGUACUUUAUAAUAUGGAAAUUAAAAUCUGUAUUACUUAUGUUUUUGAUUUUUGCAUUCAAGUGUUUAAUUUCUUUUUUGUUUGCUUACUCAGAUAAAGAUAAAAGUAUUGCUUAAUUCCAUCUCUUCUAUUGCUGCAACUUUUGUUUUGGUGAUUUUACCAUUUCUCAUUUUGAGCAAAGUUUGAAAUCUGACUAUAUCCCCAAAAUAAUAGAAGUAGUUGUAAUUAUUUCAAAAAUGGUGGAUAAUCAGCUUCACCUUUAUUAGCUUAAUUUAUUAGCACAUAAACUAUCCAUAACUUGCUUAAAUAUAUAAGAAGGAGGUCUUGAAAGUCAUAACAUCUGAAAACUGAUUUGCCACAAAUGUGGCAACAGACAAUUGUAUCAAUAAAAAUUCUAAAACGGU